UUCAAGUUCUAGAGGGGAGUGAACCCAGGAAUUGGCUUAAAAACAAAAACAUACACACACAAAAAACAACCCUCGCAAGCAAUUAUUUAUGCAUGUGGUCCACGCACUCAGUUUGAGAAACACUGACUCGACUUAAAAGUCUUUAUAAUGCUCAGAUUUCGGAAAUGCUAUUGAACUGAAAACAUCUCAUGAAGUUAUUAGUUUGAACGCAUGGUGGCGGUACAAGCUAAGAGAGUGAAUGAAAGCUCUGCAGACUUGGGGGACUCCGUUUCAUCCAGAAGCCAAGUAAAAAUACAAACCACAUUUACACCUAAAGCUGAGAUAGAUGUGUCCGGGAAGGCAGUCGUCGCCAGACAAGUUGUAAGAACGAAUUUAAAAAUCUCUGCAAAGGCAUCCGAGAGGGUCGACGGUAGAUGUGGUGAUUGGGAGCUGAAAAGGAUUUUUCUUCCGUAUUCAGACAUAACAAUAGACAUGAUGCAAACUAAAGUACAGAACAAGAAAAGGCAAGUGGCGUUCUUCAUUUUAUUGAUGCUUUGGGGAGAGGUGGGUUCUGAAUCGAUUCAGUAUUCCGUACUGGAGGAGACAGAAAGUGGCACGUUUGUGGCCAACUUGACAAAGGACCUGGGACUGAGGGUGGGGGAGCUGGCUUCGCGGGGCGCUCGGGUUGUUUUCAAAGGUAACAGACAACAUUUGCAGUUUGAUCCACAGACCCAUGAUUUACUGCUAAAUGAAAAACUGGACCGGGAGGAGCUGUGUGGCUCCAGUGAGCCGUGUGUGCUACCUUUCCAAGUGUUACUGGAAAACCCCUUGCAGUUUUUUCAGGCUUCCUUGCGAGUCAGAGAUAUAAAUGACCACGCCCCGGAAUUCCCUGCCAGAGAAAUGCUCCUGAAAAUAUCAGAAAUUACUAUGCCAGGAAAGAUAUUUCCUUUGAAAAUGGCACACGAUUUAGACACUGGCAGCAACGGCCUUCAGAGAUACACAAUCAGCUCCAACCCUCACUUCCACGUUCUCACCCGCAAUCGCAGCGAAGGCAGGAAGUUCCCGGAGCUGGUGCUGGACAAACCGUUGGACCGCGAGGAGCAGCCCCAACUCAGGCUAACGCUCACCGCGCUGGAUGGCGGGUCUCCGCCCCGGUCAGGGACCUCCGAGAUUCAGAUUCAGGUUUUGGACAUCAAUGACAACGUCCCCGAGUUUGCUCAGGAGCUCUAUGAGGCGCAAGUCCCUGAGAACAACCCCCUCGGCUCUCUGGUUAUUACCGUCUCAGCCAGAGAUUUAGAUGCAGGAUCGUUUGGGAAAGUAUCUUACGCCCUGUUUCAAGUCGAUGACGUCAACCAACCCUUCGAAAUAAACGCAAUCACAGGAGAAAUUCGGCUGAGAAAGACUUUGGAUUUUGAGGAAAUUCAGUCUUAUGACGUGGAUGUUGAGGCUACAGAUGGUGGAGGCCUAUCAGGAAAAUGCUCUUUAGUCGUCAGGGUCCUGGACAUGAAUGACAAUGCCCCUGAACUCACCAUGUCGUUCUUCAUCAGCCCCAUCCCAGAAAACUUGCCAGAGAUCAUAGUGGCAGUUUUCAGUGUUUCAGAUGCAGACUCUGGACAUAACCAACAGGUUAUUUGUUCAAUAGAGAACAAUCUCCCUUUUCUACUAAGACCUUCUGUGGAGAAUUUCUACACCCUGGUGACAGAAGGCGCGCUGGACAGAGAGAGCAGAGCCGAGUACAACAUCACCAUCACCGUCACUGAUUUGGGGACACCCAGGCUGAAAACCCAGCAGACGAUAACCGUGCAGGUCUCCGACGUCAAUGACAACGCCCCCGCCUUCACCCAAACCUCCUACACCCUGUUAGUCCACGAGAACAACAACCCCGCCCUGCACAUCGGCAGUGUCAGCGCCACAGACAGAGACUCAGGCACCAACGCCCAGGUCACCUACUCGCUGCUGCCGCCCCAGGACCCGCACCUGCCCCUCGCCUCCCUGGUCUCCAUCAACGCAGACAACGGCCACCUGUUCGCCCUCAGGUCUUUGGACUACGAGGCCCUGCAGGCUUUCGAGUUUCGCGUGGGCGCCACAGACCGCGGGUCCCCGGCGCUGAGCAGCGAGGCGCUGGUGCGCGUGCUGGUGCUGGACGCCAACGACAACUCGCCCUUCGUGCUGUACCCGCUGCAGAACGGCUCCGCGCCCUGCACCGAGCUGGUGCCCCGGGCGGCCGAGCCGGGCUACCUGGUGACCAAGGUGGUGGCGGUGGACGGCGACUCGGGCCAGAACGCUUGGCUGUCGUACCAGCUGCUCAAGGCCACGGAGCCCGGGCUGUUCGGCGUGUGGGCGCACAAUGGCGAGGUGCGCACCGCCAGGCUGCUGAGCGAGCGCGACGCGGCCAAGCACAGGCUGGUGGUGCUGGUGAUGGACAAUGGCGAGCCUCCGCGCUCGGCCACCGCCACGCUGCACGUGCUCCUGGUGGACGGCUUCUCCCAGCCCUACCUGCCUCUCCCUGAGACGGCCCCGGCCCAGGCCCAGGCCGACUCGCUCACCGUCUACCUGGUGGUGGCGUUGGCCUCGGUGUCGUCUCUCUUCCUCCUCUCGGUGCUCCUGUUCGUGGCGGUGCCGCUGUGCAGGAGGAGCAGGGCGGCCUCAGUGGGUCGCUGCUCGGUGCCCGAGGGCCCCUUUCCAGGGCAUCCGGUGGACGUGAGCGGCACCAGGACCCUGUCCCAGAGCUACCAGUACAAGGUGUGUCUGAUGGGAGGCUCAGGAACAAAUGAGUUCAAGUUCCUGAAGCCGAUUAUCCCCAACUUCCCUUCUCAGGGCACUGAGAGAGAAAUGGAAGAAAUCCCCACCUCUCGGAAUAGCUUCCCGUUCAGUUAAGUGUGGAAUUAUUUUACUAAAUCUUACUUAUAUUUGGAGAUCUCUUUUAACUUAAAGUUACAUAGUCUGUUUCUUGUUUAUUUUACCUCUAUUCUUUAGGUUGAAAUUUUAAAUAAAGUAAGAUACUGGUAUCUUAGUAUUUCCUGUUCAUGCUUAGUAGUUUAUUACUUCACUUGAGGUAGUUUAUUACUUCACUUACAUACUUGACAAUAUGAACAAAAAAUAAAUUUUUAUUUGCAUAAUUUAAAACUUUUGAAAUUAAAUUAUCUAUUCUUCUCCCCCCCUCAAAAAAGGUAUUGUAAAUCCUUAAGUAAAAUUGUAGUAUUUCUAGCUAUUGGUAAGAGUUGUUUCACUAUUGCUGUGUAGGACUGUUUAAAAUGUGAGUAUUUGAUAUUAUUUAAUCAUCCAAUGUCUCAUUUUGCAGUAACUCCUACAGUGUGUAACACUAAAAAUAAGAACUAAUGACGGCUAAACACUAAAGUAGCCAUUCAUACUUAUGCAUAUUUUAGUAUCCCAUAAUAAUCAAUCCAAAAUUUUUGUGACUAUAGACUUUACUGAAGUGUCAACACGUUAGUUUGUGAGCCUCAGGUAAGAACAUGAUGGUCUUUAAAAAAAAAAAAAAAAGUCGUGCCAAUUAUAAAUGCUUAAUAAAUAUUUGCUGAAUGUUACUAA